GUCAAGGAUGAGGUUAUGCAGUCGGUGCCACAGAUCCCACAGACAGCCUCCUGCUUGGACAAGGAGUGUGUGAGCGAAGCAGCCAUGCUGGCCGGCCUGUACACGGACCAUGAUGUUAAAGAUGAGCUUGUGCUGGGUGCGGAGUGCCCAUAUCGCCCUGAUGUCACUCUAGUAGUUCAUGGUCGCAUUGGCCGUACACUUCGAGAUUGCUCUGUGACACUUGAACACAUCCCACACAUCGAUGUGCUAGCUAAGCGACAAGGCACAACUAGUAGCGACACUGAGUCCGAUACUGAUAAAUUUACAUUUAGAGAUGAAUUUCACACUGAAGAGAAAGAACCAUUAUGUGAUCUUUGUGGUGAAAGAUUCAGUGUAAAAUCAGAUUUAGUGAAACAUGUCAUAGAUCAUAUCCACAGACCUCCGAGCAUGGAACAGGAAGCCAGUGCGCAGGGCAAUGCAUUUGCUGGUCAGUGCCAGCAAGAGCAGGAGCGGGCUUUGUGCCGAAAAUACGCGAUCCAGGACUGCCGCGUGCGCCUCGAACGGCUCCGACACCAAGAGGCUCUUGCCGCCAACGACACGCAACACACGCAUACGGAAAUUGAUGCGGAGGAUAUACACACUAGAGUUGACAAUGGGAAACCUACUUGUGAUCUUUGUGGAGAUAGUUUUGCACUGAAAUCGGAUUUGAAAAAACAUAUCAUGAUUGAUGUUCACAUGCCGACCACACGACGUUCACAAGACCUUAGUCUGAACAAGGAAUCAGAUACUAGGAUUCAUAUGUAUGAGUGUGAUAUUUGCGGUGAAACAUUUCAGCAAAAAAAUACUUUACAAAUUCAUAUCAAAACACACUCAAGACUGUCAAAGUCCAAGGACUCUAAAUGCGAUAACAUAGGAGAAAAAUUUUACUGUUGCGAAAUAUGUGCAGAGCGUUUCCGAAGUAGAUUCCGAUUGAAUAAACAUAGAAGAGUUCAUUAUAAUAUAAGUUCAUAUUCUUGCCACGUAUGCGAAAAAAGAUUUAAAACUCCUUCUGAUUUUAAAAGACAUACAAGUUUAUGUAGUGACAAACGACCAUAUUCAUGUGAUGUGUGUAAAAAACGGUUUAAAACUAACGCUUAUUUAAAACGACAUAUACUGUUUCACAGUGAUAGAAGGCCAUAUUCUUGUGAUGUGUGUAAAAACCGAUUCAAAACUGUUUCCUGAGUUAAUAGUCAUACAAGGAUACAUAGUGACCUAAGACCACAUUCUUGUGACGUAUGUAAAAAGCGAUUUAAGUUAAAGGCUGUUUUAAAUCGACAUACACUGACUCAUAGAGCACCUUCACAUUCGUGUGGUGUGUGUAAAAAACGAUUUAGUACUAAGGAUUAUUUAAAACUACAUAUUCUGAUUCAUGGCGAUUUAAGAUCAUAUUCGUGUGAUGUGUGUAAAAAACGCUUUAACACUCACGUUUAUUUAAAACGACAUAUACUAUUACACAGUGAUACAAGGCCAUAUUCUUGUGAUGUUUGUAAAAAACGAUUUCAUACUACUUCUGACUUGAAUAAACAUACAAAGAUACAUAGUGAUCUAAGACCAUAUUCGUGUGACGUAUGUAAAAAAAGAUUUAAGUUUACGGCUGUUUUAAAUCGACAU